UGUAAACAGAGAGUAGUGGUGGUGGCAACAGUGGACAGGGCGGCGCGUUCUGUGUUGUGACUUGUGGUGCUGCCUGGCUGCUGCUGCUGUGGCGUGCCCAUGUCUCCCUUCCGCUACACUCACGCCAUUGUAUGCAGGAUACCGGACUCCUACAAAACUGCCGCCCUCGGACUGUCGGAGCCCGUGGAUCUGGCCAAGGCAAGGAAGCAGCAUGAGAUGUAUGUGGCAGCCCUGCGAGAGAUUGGUUUGGAUGUGAUUGAGCUGCCGGCGGAUGAGAAGCACCCAGACUGUCUAUUUGUGGAGGAUGUGGCUGUGGUGUGUAAUGGCACUGCCCUCCUCACCCGCCCCGGCCAUCCCAACAGGAAGAAUGAGACUGAGUACAUGAGAACAAUCUUGAAGAAUGAGCUGGAGCUGCCAGUGAUUGAGAUAGAGGACAAGAAGGCUACACUGGAUGGAGGGGACGUGCUCUUCACAGGUAAAGAGUUCUUCGUCGGGUUGUCGUCGCGCACCAACCAGGCUGGAGCAUGUGCCCUUGCCUCAGCCUUCCCAGAAUUCCCCUGCACUCCCAUCAAGGUUGAGAAGUCCUUACACCUGAAGACAGUGCUUACCAUGGCAGGGCCUGAUGUCAUUUGUGUUGGCAAUACUCCAGAUGCACAGAGCAUACUGAAGCGCAUUGAGAGAGAGGCCACCUUCAGGUACCAGACCGUCACUGUGCCUGACAUGCAUGCUGCCAAUGUGGUCUUUGCUAACGGAGUCCUGCUGCAUCGGAGUGCAGAGGAGUACCCAGAGUCUGCCAAGAUAUUUGAGGAAAAACUAUCCCUGUGGAACUUAAAACCUGUGACAUUCUCUGAGUUGGAAAAAGCCAAUGGAAGCCUUACCUGCUGCAGCAUUCUGAUACGCAAGACUCGCCACCUCAAGAACAUCAUGUGAGGAAAUCAGUUUCACCUCACCUGCUGCUGCUGCAUCACUAGGACCCUUCUGCUGGUGACUGUACUGGGCAGGGGCUGCAGCACCCCUGACCACCACCACCACCCAACAACAACAACAACAACAACAACAACAAUAGCAGCAGCAGCAGCUGUAGUAGUGUGCCUCAGGUCCUUUGGUAAGUUGCUUUGCCAUGACUGCCAGUAAACAUUCCAAUGCCUUGUCUGGAUUCACCUCCACUCUAUGGGAUGCUUAGUCACGCUAGAUAGAAAUGUGAAAUUAUUUAUUAAUGCAUCCUCUGUGGUUAAUUUCAAAGGAAACAUUUUUUGAUGAUGGGCAAUUAUCUUAAGUGCCUAUGCAGUAUGAAUUCAUGAAAACCGAGGAAAAAGUUAAUAACUUCUUGUUUUCAUAAACAUUCUGAUUAACUGAAAUCAGUGCAAAAUAGACAUAAGUGUAAGAUAAUUUUCCUGUGGUGUACAUCAUUGAAAAGUUUGUAUUUUCAUUAACAUGUAAAAGCAUUGAUGCAAUAUGAAAGUGACACUAGAUCUGAACCCUUCAGUAUCUCCAGAAAGCAACAAGUACACAGGUGUAUGCAUGUGUCUGUGUGUUUACUUCACUUUAAAUUAUUUGAGUUAGUAUAUAUAUAUAUA